AUGAACGAUCCGGAGCUUACGCCGAUCUCCAAGGUGCAGCAGCGAAUGGCUUCGGCUUUACCCGGGGAGGAGAGCACUCGGUCUGUCAGCGUGUGCAGACCCGAGCGCAAUGGGAUCUUCUUCAUCCACUGCUUCGUCUGUGGGAGCGGGGUAACCCCGGGGAACGAGCUGAGCCUACAGGUAAAAUACCAACGAGAAAAGGAUGCCCCGUUUUUCCCUUUCCUGCAAGGCCAGGACCCGGCUCCUGGGGCUCCGGUGAUCGGUCCGGACGGGGACGCACUGGUAUGCGCUGUGUGCCACUGCUUCCUGCGCGAACAGUGGAACUCAUUCGAGCGCAACAGGACGCCGAUCGAGAAGCGCAUGUACUGGCUCAAGAGGCCAUACCAGUGCGACUUACGGAACAUUACGUACUAUCUGGAUAGGAGAAUGAGCGUUAGCAAUUACGACGCCAAUGAUUCGGACAUUUCCUCAUUCUCUGAUAAUGACCUGUCCGAACAGGAAUUGGACUUUUCAGCGUGUGUAAUGAAUAGCAAUAAUGCCACAGGGUUCCAUGCGUCUAAUAAAGCAUCCAGAGAAAGCAGCAGAAAGAACACAGUGAGUGUUAAGAGCAGUCCUGAGUCACUGCGAUAUCCUACCAGAGUUUACACAGGUCAGGACGUACCGAAAUCAGAUCGACGUGCGACUAAAAUCACCAACCAUACAUCGCAUUCUUCCGUGUCCAAGGCUCUCCAGCAGUAUGACAGUCCAUCAGUGCGCACACCGCUGCAGGAUAACGGCAUCAUUUCGUGCGAUAAGCAGUGGAUACAGGCGUCCACCGGUGAUUCUGACAGCUGCGAUAUUAACAUCACCAGCGAUGACGAGAGAGAGCACGCAGCAUCAUCUCACUUAAAAGUAGAGAGGAGCCAAGCAGCCAAAUGUCACACUAGUUUUCCUUCAGAUGAAUGUGCCUGUUAUAUUUGUGGAAGCAGGCUUCAAGAAGGAGGCCGGUUCAGGGUAUUUGUACAAAAGCAGGAGAGAGCAUCCAGUGAACCAUUUUUCCCUUUUCUGUGGCUCCAUACCCCACCACCUGAUGCAGUGCCCCUUAGCCUGGGUGGAUACACUCUGGUGUGUACCACUUGCCACUCCUCCCUCAUGCAGCAGUGGCAAGGGUUCGAGUUUGCAGCAGUUCCUGUUCUCCAGCGACUCUAUGUGGUGCCCCUCAACACAGGUGCUGCAACCCCUCUUUCUCCACCUGCCAUAAAUGAAUGUGGGGAUGGACUCCCAAAAAUCCAUCCGGUCCCCUCCAUGCCACAGAAUCGCAGGGAGACCUGCUACCUAUGUGGAGAGGACUGUGGUCGAGAGGUCAGGAUGGCAUACACCCAUGUUGGUGCAAGUAAAUCCCACAGUGCAAUGUAUUUUCCAUUCAUAAAUCUGCUACCAUGCCCUCCAAAUGCUCAGAGAAUGCGGAAUGGAAGGGUACAUUGCUGUGUCGCGUGUCACAGCAUCUUGGAAGGGAUCUGGGCAGAGUACUGCCUCUGUCUAAGCGAAGAACUCAUUACUUCCGUCCCCACGUUCCUUGAGAGAUACCACCUGGCCAUGGGAAGGGGAGGUGUGUUGGUAUCCCCCCACAGAAGACCCCUGUUGACCCCUUCUCAGACUGGCACAACAACCACAAGCCACACCUCCAUCUGUUACUUGUGUGGGGAGGAGCUGUCUGGAGGAACCGAGUAUCAACUUCAUGUUAACCCUCCAGGGCGUUGCGGGGAAAGAGAACCCUUUUUUCCCUUUCUAACUGUCCACCCUCCCGCUCCCCGUGCCCGCCCUGCUGAUGCCACGGGCCUUGUGUCUGCCUGUGCACUGUGCUAUCAUGACCUGCUGGGCCAGUGGACGCAACAUGAGACUCAGGGCUCAGAAUCUGGCCCUUCCAGCAGCCCCUGGGCACGUCAGUAUAAAUGCAACACUUUCAUCUGCUUCUUCUGCAGGAAAGAGAAGAAGAGACCUCUUGGACUGAAGGCAGUGCGCGUUGACCGCUUGCCUGUUUUCCUCUAUGCUCCAAGGGUCAGUCAGACCCUGGUAAUUGACAAUGGCAAGCAGUUAACAAUUGGCUCCUGUGUGGAAUAUAAAACCAAAGAGCCCAUCCUUACAACCCCUAAACCAAUCCAGCCUGGAAUUCACCAUUCCCUAAACUCCACACAUCACCCCCUGCCCAGCCUUGUCUCUGCUCAUGGCAUGUAUCUGGGCCCUGGAGGGGCGGGACCUGCAAGUCUGACAGCGGCCGCCAUGCUACAGCGCACAAAUGAGGAAGAGCGCUGGUUGGCCCGGCAACGGAAGCUAAGGCAAGAGAAAGAGGACAGGCAUUACCAGGUUUCAGAGUUCCGUCAGCAGGUCCUAGAGCAACACCUGGACCUGGGCAGACAGGGGGAAAUUGCAGACCUGCAUAUAGAGGGACAUAGACCUAAAUUAAACCAUCAUGAGCCCAACAGCAGAGAUCGUGAGAGAAACAGAGAUGCCCAUCCUCUACUGGGAGCUCCGCCCCCUCUCAUCUCCCCAAAACACCAGCACAAAGACCAUGCUCCCCCACCACCAACCACACUUUGGAACCCCGCAUCACUCAUUGAGACCUCCACAGAGCCCCAGAGUCUGGGUCACUAUGAUGUUAGUCGGGUUACCCUACCGCACUCCAAACAUGAACACCAUUACAACUCUGAAAAGCUGGAAGAAGGAUCUAGAAAAAGGGACAGUUUGGAUAUAUAUCCUACCAUCCAGCCUAGUGGGUUCUCUGAGUCCAACACUUUCCUAGUGGAGCUGGAAAAAUCCACCUAUAGCUUCCUGAAUCAGCAGAGGGCACCACUGAGUAAGUCAGGACAAUAUGAAGAGCUGAGUGCAGGCCUGAAGUCCAGCGGGUGUUUUAAGAGACUCCAGGGGCAUUCAUGUCAUGCAACAGAUGCCAUGUUAGUUUAUGAUGAGUUCCUACAGCAGAACAGACAAGCUGUCAGCAAACUUGACUUGGAGGAGAAAAGACGAAGAGAAGCCAGAGAGAAAGGUUGUUACUAUGAGCUGGACGACUCUUAUGAUGAGAGUGACGAGGAAGAGGUGCGAGCUUAUCUCAGGAGGGUCACAGAACAGCCACCACUCAAAUUAGAUGAUUCCGCAGAGAAGGUGGAGUUUCUACAGAUGUUUGACCUGACUACUUUGGCCCGUCGGGAGGAGAUGAUGGAGGUGAAGAGGAGGAAGAGGAGGCGCAUGCUGAGAGAAAGAAGUCGUUCCCCACCAGGUGUUCAGACCAAGCAGACUACUCCUGCCCCCCUAAUAACCCACUUCACCCCAGAGGACAUGAACAACAGCCCUGAGCUAGAGGAAAAGAAACGCUUCCUCACCAUCUUCAGCCUCAACCACGUCACUCAGCAACAGAGAAAAGAUAAUGAGAGGGUUGAUGAGUUGUUGAAGGCCAUAAAACAAAAGAGCGUUACUCUAGACAGCAUCAGACACAGCCCUCACCCUCUGUGCUGGAGCCCUGCAGCCCUAUGCUCGGACCUGUCAUCUCAGUCUCCAGAACUGCUGAAUGGACGCCCCCCCAGUCCCUCCCCCUCUUUAUCUGUGCCUCAACCCCAAGUGGAACCCUUCUCUCACUUGGAUCUGCACAGAUCGCUCUCAGAUCCCUUAAGACUGAAAGACUCUUCCUUGACUGCUGCAUUACCGGACAAAUGUCGAGCCAAAGACAGCAUCACAGACAAGAGCUCUGAUCUGCUGAACAGUGUGCGACAGCCCCCAUUCACUAAAGAAAGUUCUGUUAAUGUCAACGGAAAGACCAAACCAUGGGAGAAUUUCAUUGCUGAGGAGUUUGCCCAGCAGUUCCAUGAAUCAGUACUGCAGUCCACCCAAAAAGCCAUGAAGAAGAGUAAAGGUGGUGCCUUGGUCAUGUCAGAACAAAAACACACAGUAGAUUCAUCUGUGCAUUAUAAUAUUCCUGAGCUCCAGAGCACGCCAAGCCGGUCCAAACCCCACCCACACCCUCCUUCAUUGCAGCCCAAUGGACAGCACUGCCCCCCACAGCCUUCCCGCCAGGAGUCUGAGGAAAAGGUUGAGGAUGAGGCAGAUGACACAGAGGAGGACGAGCCCACUACAUCUGGUUGGCAGGGCAUUGAAGCCAUCUUUGAAGCUUAUCAAGAGUAUGUAGAAGAGCAAAGCAUUGAGCAACAAGUUCUCCAAAGUCAGUGCAGACGACUGGAAGUGCAUCACUAUAAUCUCAGUCUAACUGCUGAACAGCUCUCACACUCAAUGGGGGAGCUGAUGUCUCAGAAGCAGAAGCUUUCGGCUGAGAGCGAGAACCUACAGGCAGAGCUGGAGCACUUUAAGAAGUGCCUGAUGCUGCCACAGAGCCUCUGGUCUAGGAGUCAUUUCAAGGGCUAUCCACCCAGCUGACACUCUAUGGCACCAUCGACCGCCCAGUCAGACAACCUUCCACAUCCCUUACAAACCCCCAAACUCAGACACAUGUUCAGGCCACUCCGAGAGCCUGGACAGUGAUGGUGAGGAACAGAAGAUCUGGCCCCAGAAUUCCACAUUCUAUGGGCUAAAUCACUCAUCAACACACGUCAAAGCCUCUGAAUGCCUCCAACUCGCAGGGACAGUCAUACUGCAUCAUAGAGAAAGAAAAAUGCCAGUCGAAAUGCAGCUUAGCCCAUCUGUCAUCUCUUUACCAUGGAGGUCAUUCCUAGAAAUGCACUUAAAGACAAAAAACCUGAAUAACUAUCUGGAGGUACUGUUAUGACAGACUACUCUUUAUGAUCUAGGGAAGGAAAAAAGAAAACAUCAAAUAAAUAAAAGAAAGUUUUAUUUCUAUAUUUAGAAUAAAGAUUUUUUAAAGAGGUGCUUCAGCAUUGUAUUGUAAAUAAUUUCAAAACAACAGAAAAAUAAUUUUGUAUGUUUUUAAUUCUUAAAAAAAAUAAAAGCCUGCCUUUUUUUUCUAAUAUAUUAAUGCUUUUGGGUGUUCGAAGGUUUACGUUUAAUGUUUGCUCUGCUGCUGGUCAGAAUAUGCCUUUCAGGACUUUGUGGAGUGAUAAUAUCACUUCCUUUUUACCUGGACUAAAGUAGGCCCCAGGAAGUAUGCCAACGUUUUUUUCCCCAAAGGCCAUACUUUACAGUAUAACAUGAGCCCUGAAUUCUAAUGACAUAGCAGGUGUUUUCAAACUGUGGGUUGCAGAAUUGAACAAGGUGGGUCACACAAAGUCACUUGGCUGCAGUUAAAUUUGCGUUUUAAUACACGCACACUCACACAGUUCAGUCGAGGGCUGCAUGAUAUAGCCUACCAACGUUAAUUAUGAAUUGCAAUACCCUUAGUGUGAUUUUCAAAUUGAAAUUAAGUUCGCUAUUAAAAACAUGCGUGGUGUGUUUUGAAGAGCUAGCGUGCACAAGUUGUAAUAACAGUGAGGAUGUCAGCACAACAUUAUUAUUAAAAGGUUCAAUCCGUCCGCAUUAUUAAAAGAGGAAAGAACUUGCUCACUGCAAUGUGCUGUAUUCUGCAAGAGAUUUUAUACACCAGACAAUUAUAAUGUUCUGAAAACAGUUUCAAGUAGGCUAUGUUCAUUAAUUUCUGUCGUCUGUUUGGACUCUGCACUGUUUUCAUCCAGGAAAUGGUCUCUAAAAAGCAUUUCACAUGUAUGGGAUGAGCAGGGGCACAAAUGCAGGGUAAAUUGUAACACAACAAGAUUUAAACAUUUCCACAUAACAAAAUUUACAAAAUUCUCUAUAUAGAGAAUUUUUUUUUGCCAAAGUUAAAAAACUUUUGAAGAUAUAUAUUGCUGAACAUUUAUUUAACAAUUGCAAAAGUAAAUUUCUGACCGAAGUAAAUUUGUCAUUUUGUUUUUUAGUGUUAUUUUAAUCUCCACACUGCUUUUCAAAAAAAAAAAAAAAAUGUGUUGGAUUGUGCUGCGCUUUCCCCUACACACUGAAGAAUCAUGAAUGCUUUUUCUGAUCUGAACCCCGCAAUGAGUUUAACAACACUCACAGCGCAGAUUACAGUUCACUGGAGUGAGCCUGUUUCAUGUUUUUUUUUUAAUGAACGUUUCAUUUAACAUCUGUAAACAAAGAAAUUAAAACUUAUAAUAUAAUAUUAGUAGUGAAAUUUUACAGUUGUACUCUAAAAUAAAAUGGUUAUUUUUCUUAAAUACUUCAUUUCUGUCAUAUCAAACUUUUAAUUACCAUUAGGCUUAAAGUAAUGUCAAUUUUUUUUUUUUUUUUUUUUAUCUCAAAUAUUUUGGUGGGUCAUGAAAUAGAUCAUACUUGUCUAGGUGGGUCAUAGAAUGGAAAUGUUUGGGAACCCCUGGGCUAGUGGUCACUCGUAUCUCAAGGUUCCAGACUGCUAAAUUGACUUUUUUGGCUUUUUUUUCUUUUCUUUUUUUCUUUUUUUUUAUAUAAUGAAGCAGCAUGCAGAUGCUUUAUGGAUUUCUGUUUCAAUCAAUUAAAGGGCAUUUUUUUACUAGAAUGCGAUAUUCUGAAAUCUAUAUCUCACUUGUGUACACAAAAGGGCUUAAGUGAUGCCAGUCUGCCAGGAACAGACUUGCACAAAAAUUUUAUCCAUAAAUGUUGUUGUACAAUAAGAAUUAUAAUUUGUUUGAUAUACAAAACAUUUUUGCCAUUGACAAUUACUGUGCCAAAUUUUUAGAGGUGGCAUGCCAAAAUGUUGAAAGCAACCGAGAAGUCAGUCCUGAUGAGAGUUAAUUUGUAGAACAAUUCCCCCAUACCUCACAAAAAAAACAAAAAUGUUUUGCCCAAAGACGUUCUUAUUUGCCAAGAUUUUAUUUUUAUUUAUAUAUCCAUUGCUUUUGAAUGAUGCAUUUUAACAUAACCAUAAGUCAUUGACAAAAAAAACAUAUUAAUAUGGGCUUUAAAUUAAUGGUGACUGCUUGUAAUAUCUUUAAUUUUCUACCUUUUUAUAUUAUUCUCUUAGAUGAUGUAAAAUCUAGGAAUGACACACCUGUUUGUUUUCCUGCCACUUAACCCAACCUCCAUCACAUCACAUGUAUCCCAUGUAUGCAAUACCACAUACACCAUGAAGUUAUAGACAUUUUUUAUAAGAAUUUAGUGCAAGGGGUAUCUCAAAUGCAUCUUUGAAGCAAAGGUGAGGAGUUUGCUUGCCAUUUAUUUAGGCUAUGAUGACCCCGAGCAGGCGUGCCAUCAGUGUGAUCACUUCGUGUGUGUGUGCCUGUGCCUGCUUCACAUGAAGCGCUACCACUGCCUGAUGAGAGAAUAUACAAACCUGCCCAAUGCGCGCGCACACAGUCACACCCAAACUUAAUGGAGGAUAUUAGAUGCUGUGAAUGCAGUUUUUUUUUUUUUUUUUUUUUUUUUUUUAUGUACUUGUUUGAAUUCAUUGUAAUGUAAUAUAUUAUUUGUUGAUUGUAGUAAUUAGGUAUUUAUGGAUAUAUUG